AUGACUCAAUUCACAAAUCCUGGUGUGGGAACUUUUACAGCAUGGGACUAUGUCGUUUUUGCAUCGCUGUUUAUAAUUUCUUCUGCAAUAGGAGUCUUUUUUGCCAUUAAAGAAAGGAAGAAUGCUACCUCCCGUGAGUUUCUGGUUGGAGGGAAGCAGAUGGUCUGUGCUCCAGUCGCUUUGUCGCUCACUGCCAGUUUCAUGUCUGCAGUGACUGUGUUGGGAGGUCCCUCGGAGGUUUAUCGGUAUGGGGCUUCUUUCAUCCUCUUCUGCAUCGCUUUCACGUUUGUUGUCAUCUUCACAGCAGAACUCUUCGUCCCUGUUUUCUACAGAUCAGGAAUUGCCAGCACAUAUGAGUACUUGGAAUUGAGGUUCAAUAGGGUGAUUCGGGUUGCUGCUACCAUUAUAUAUAUCCUGCAAACUAUUCUUUACACAGGUGUUGUGGUUUAUGCCCCAGCUCUGGCACUGAAUCAAGUGACUGGUUUUAAUCUUUGGGGCUCAGUGUUUGCUACAGGGAUUGUUUGCACCUUCUACUGCACCCUGGGUGGCUUGAAGGCGGUGGUGUGGACAGAUGUCUUCCAGAUGGUUGUGAUGGUACUGGGAUUUUUAACAGUUCUUAUCCAAGGAACCAUCAAGUUAGGAGGAAGCAGCAACAUGUGGAAGAUAGCUAAGAAUGGCCAAAGACUCAAUCAUGCUAAAUUGGCACUGUACCUGAAUUUGCUCGGACUGUGGGUCAUCAUUGUCUGUGCAGUGUUCUCUGGACUAGUGAUGUACAGCUAUUAUGUAAACUGUGAUCCAUGGACUGCAGGAUUCAUUUCAGCUUCAGACCAGCUGAUGCCCUAUUUUGUUAUGGAAAUAUUGGGACACUUACCAGGACUUCCUGGGCUUUUUGUAGCCUGUGCAUUUAGUGGCACACUUAGCACAGUAGCUGCCAGUAUUAAUGCACUGGCAACUGUAACCUAUGAAGACUUUGUGAAACAGUGCUUCCCCAAUGUGUCGGAAAAGACAAGCACCUGGAUUAGUAAGGGCUUGUGUAUAGUGUUUGGUGUAGUAUGUACUUCAAUGGCAAUUGCAGCAUCAUUGAUGGGAGGCAUCAUACAGGCAGCUCUCAGUAUUCAUGGGAUGUGUGGGGGGCCAAUGCUUGGGUUAUUUACCUUGGGCAUUUUAUUUCCUUGUGCAAACUGGAUUGGUGCAAUUGGAGGCCUGGUCAUUGGAGUAACCUUAUCAUUCUGGCCUGCAAUUGGUGGCUUUAUGUAUCCUGCACCAUCAUCGAAGACACUACCUUUAUAUUUAAGUACUAAUGGUUGCUUACCACUGAACACAUCAGAUCUUUUUUCAACAUCAUUGCCAACCGUAAUCCCCACAGAGAUAUACAGAUCUCCACUGGCAGACAGGUGGUAUUCUAUAUCCUACCUCUACUACAGUCCUUUGGGUUUUCUAGGGUCAUCAGUAGCAGGUCUUCUGCUAAGCUUUCUAUCAGGACGCACACACAAUGGAAAUGUGAAGCCUUUGCUGAUCAGACCAGUCUGCAAUCUGUCAGAGGAGUUCAAAAGGGAGUGUUGCUUUGGUCAAGGAGAGAAGGAAACCAUAGAGGCUAACAUCGAAAAUAAAAUGUCAGAUAAUAGUUUGGCAGUGGACAUAAGCAAGGUGAUGAACAUUCCAUCGGCAUAUAUCCCAGAACAACACACUCAUUGUAAUUUUGGUUUGAUUAAAGAUACCUAUCUUUAGUUUCACAA